CAGUAUCUCGCGGCAAGACCGCAAAGCCAAGAACAGCGAUGCAAACCCUUAUCUCGUGGUGUGGGAUACUACACAUCCACCACGAAGUCGGGAUUGAAGCUUAAAGAGACUGUCCGUCAGGCAGGAUUUUCCGCAGUCGCAAAUCCUAACAACACCCUCACGCACUUUUGGACAAUUGCUUGUAGCAAAUUGACCAAGAUGGGUUGGAUUCAUAACACAAAUCUCAAGAUCGCCCAGUCACCUGUGGGCAGAUACUUCAGACUCGAUGGCUCCGGCCAUCCCAAGGAACGAAAGGGAAGCUACUUUUUCACCGAGAUUCGGGCUGGAUUGGCUACCUUCUUUGCCAUGGCCUACAUUAUCAGCGUCAAUGCAUCCAUCACCUCUCAGUCUGGCGGUACUUGUGUUUGCCCACCGACGAGCACCGACCUCUGCGAUACUGACACUGAGUAUCUUUUGUGCCUUCAAGAGGUAAAUCGGGAUCUUGUUACUGCCACUGCCGCGAUCGCUGCCUUGACUAGCUUCUGCAUGGGUUUAUUUGCCAAUAUGCCUAUUGCCUUGGCUCCGGGUAUGGGAUUAAACGCAUAUUUCGCAUACACGGUCGUAGGGUACCAUGGAAGCGGAUUGGUCCCGUACGAAGUUGCACUGACUGCUGUCUUUGUCGAGGGUUUCGUUUUCGUAGCACUCACUAUCCUUGGAAUCCGGCAGUGGCUUGCUAGAGCUAUCCCUGCUUCAAUCAAACUUUCUACUGGUGUAGGCAUUGGCUUAUAUCUCACGAUCAUCGGGCUGACUUAUUCCGCUGGUAUUGGAGCUAUCACAGGUGCUCAAGCCACGCCCCUUGAGCUGGCUGGUUGUGCACCUGAAUUUCUUACUGAGGAAGGCGUUUGCCCCAAUAGCGAGAAGAUGAGGAAUCCUACCAUGUGGCUUGGCAUUUUCCUUGGUGGUUUCCUUACAAUUUGUCUAAUGAUGUAUCGCGUAAAGGGCGCAAUCAUCUUCGGUAUCCUGCUCGUCUCCAUAAUCUCCUGGCCACGUCCUACGCCCGUCACUUACUUCCCCUACACCCCGCUUGGCAACAGCUCCUUUGACUUCUUUAAGAAGGUCGUCGCCUUCCAUCCAAUCGGCAAAAUCCUCGCUGUCCAACGCUGGGACGUCUCUGGAUACGGCGGCCAAUUCGGCCUCGCAUUCAUCACCUUCCUGUAUGUCGACAUCCUCGACUGCACCGGUACACUCUACUCCAUGGCGCGCUUCUGUGGCGCCAUUGACGAGCGCACGCAAGAUUUCGAAGGUUCAGCGGUUGCCUAUCUAGUCGACGCUUUCGGUAUCUCUAUCGGAUCGCUAAUGGGCUCGCCACCUGUUACAGCGUACAUCGAAUCUGGUGCGGGGAUUUCGGAGGGCGGGAAGACCGGGCUUACGGCGAUGUGCAGCGGGCUGGCUUUUUUCAUCUCAAUCUUUUUUGCGCCAAUAUUUGCAUCGAUUCCGCCGUGGGCGACCGGGUGUACAUUGAUUAUUGUUGGUUCGCUUAUGGCACAAGCCGCCAAAGACAUCAACUGGCGCUACAUGGGCGACGCCAUUCCCGCCUUCCUGACCAUCGCCGUUAUGCCCUUCACCUACAGCAUUGCGUACGGUCUCAUCGUCGGCAUCCUCAGCUAUACUCUCAUCAACACGAUUGUGUACGUUAUUGAGAAGGCAUCAGGUGGCCGCAUUGUACCGCCCAAUAAGCACGAGAAGGAGCCUUGGACUUGGAGGAUUCCGGGCGGUGUGCUGCCUGGAUGGCUUACGCGUGCUGCAAGGGGUAAGAAGGAUUUCUGGAAGGGAGACGAGCAGACUACUGGGAUUGAGGAGGUGGUCGAGAGGAAGUCGGAGGCGAGUUCUGGGGCUGGGAGGGUUGGGGAGGCAGAAGUGGUUAAGGGGGAAAGGCCUGAGAAGGCGGCUUGA